AUGGAAGUGUCUUCCUCGCCUGCGCAGGGCCCGGCAGCGGCCAACGGCGUAGCGACGCCUUCGUUCCCGACCAUCGAGCCCGAACGCGUCGUCGAGCAUCUGGCUGCCGUCUGCCAGAUUGCCCUCGGGGCCACGCGGCAGGACCUCGAGCAGCCGGGUAGCUUGCUGCACAAGAGCCGUUACGGCGAGACCGCCUCGCGCUGUACCCGCUUCGCCAACGACGCCCAGAAUGUCCUCUACAUCCAAAAGGACGUUGCGCCCUCUUCCUCAGCCGUCGUCGAGAACGGCGCUGACUCGGCUGCGCCUUCGUCCUUCUCCUACACUCUCUCGACCGAAAUCGUCUCGUCGCCCACUACGGUGGCUUCUCUUGUCUUGCUCAAGACGCCGCAGCCUAUCGACCCGACUCGACCUCUUACAUCUCAGAUCUUCAUCACUAAUCUACCCGGCCCCGCGUCCCUGAAUGCUGCUGUUCACCAUGCCUUGGUCCCUUACUUUGAUGCCAACACGAGGAGUCAGCAGUUGGCCAACGGCACGAGGGGCCGGGCCGACGUCGAUGCCAAGACGGGCAUCCCCGUGACAAAGAAGAGGCUCAACGACCUGGAGCUCAGCCUGCUUCAUCUCCAGCAGAAUGUCGACAUCCCUGAAAUCUCCCUGACGUUCCACUCGAUUGUUCAAAACGCUCUCGACGACGCCGAGGCACACCACUCCAAGCCGUCGAUUGAUGUCAUCCCGGCCAACCUGCUGCAGGACAGCACUUUUCUCAACAGGCUGCAGGCCAACGUGAAUACGUGGAUCAAGUCCAUCCAGGGCAUCACCAAAAUGACAAAGGACCCUUCCUCCAAUGCCAACCAGGAGUUCAGCACGGCGAGCCAAGAGGUCAAUUUUUGGCUGUCCAUGGAGUUGGCGCUUGAGGGCAUCGAGGGGCAGCUGAGGAGCGAAGGUGUCCUUUUGACCCUCGAGAUCCUCAAGCAUGCCAAGCGGUUCCAAGCCACCGUCAGCUUCACCGCCGACACUGGUCUCAAGGAGGCCAUGGAAAAGGUGCAAAAGUACAAUCAGCUCAUGCGCGACUUUCCUUUGGAUGAACUGCUGUCUGCCACGUCGCUGCCCAAGGUCCAGGAGGCCAUCUCGCAGAUCUUUGGCCACCUGAACAAGAAGCUGCGGAUAUGCCCCUAUCCCAUCCGUCGGGCACUUCCUCUAGUGGAGGCCAUCUCAGCCGACUUGGACGACGUGCUUCACCGCCUGUUGCCCGGCACCGAGCUCGUGAACCUCGACUACAAACAGUUCCAGGCUCUCAUGCGCACCUGCGACGGCAUCUUCAGGACGUGGGAAGACAACCUCAAGGAGUUCACCAAUGUCGCCCGCGAAGUCACUCGCCGCAGAAACGAAAAGUUCAUCCCCAUCAAGAUCAACAAGAAGCACUCGGAACUCGAGUCGCGAAUCAAAUACGUCGGGACCUUUCGUGACAACCACGAACAGCUCCAGCGGACCAUUGUCAACGUGCUGGGACCCCGGGCCACCCUCUCGGGCGCGGCCGACGCCGCCGGCACCAAUGGCGCUGUCAUGGAAGAAAUGGGUGAUGUCGACGCCGUGGAAGAAGUGAAGCAGGCCUGGGAAUCGCUGCAGAACGUCGACCUCCUCGACGUCACUGACCAGGGCAAGGAGCGGUGGGUUCGAGCUGAGAACCUUUACAACGAACGCACCACGCGGGUGGAAAACUCCAUCAUUGCUCGACUGAGAGACCGCCUCGCCACGGCCAAGACUGCCAACGAAAUGUUUCGCGUCUUCUCCAAGUUCAACGCCCUGUUUGUGCGGCCCAAGAUCCGCGGCGCCAUCCAGGAGUACCAGAACCAGCUGAUGGACCACGUCAAGCAAGCCAUCAACGGCUUGCACGAGCGCUUCAAGCAGCAGUAUGGACACUCGGAGACACACGCCAUGGCCCAGCUCCGCGACCUGCCGCCCGUUUCCGGCGCCAUCAUCUGGGCGCGUCAGAUCGAGUUCCAGCUCGAUGGGUACAUGCGAAAGGUCGAAGCGGUGCUUGGCCCGGACUGGCAUCUGCACGCCGAGGGCCACAAGCUGCAGGAGGAGAGCGACCUUUUCAAGCACAAGCUCGACACCGCUCGCAUCUACGAGGCGUGGCUGUCUGAUGUGAGCCGGCGGAAAAUCUCCAUCGCCGGCCAGCUCUUUGACAUUGCUCGGGUGAGGUCUGCAGGCGGCAUCCUCGAGCUGGCAGUCAACUUUGACCCUCAGGUCAUCACCUUGUUCAAGGAGACUCGCAAUCUCAUGUGGCAGUCCUACUCCGUCCCCCACGCCGUGACGACCGUGUCCAAAGACGCCAAGCGGGUGUACCCCUACGCCGUCAGCCUGAUGGAGAGCGUCAGGACCUUGUCCCAAACCCUGCGGCAGGUCUCCGGCAUGGGUGAAGAGUCCGUCCUGCUCAACGGCUACCGCAACGAGGUGUACAGGUUGAUUGGCGAGGGCGUGCCCUUGCGAUGGGAGUCGUUUGUCAACUCGCACGAACUCUUCUAUGCCGACCAGAGGCAGGCCCGGCCGAUUUUGCCCGGCGGCACCGAGUUCAGCCUGUCCAAGAGCACGGAGAGCAAGCACGGCAUGUUCAUCCGAGGCUUUGCUGCCGCCGUCUCCGUGCUCCAGAGCAAGGCCAUGUCGUUGAUCCACAUCCACGCGACGGUGGAGCAGGCGCUCAAAGAGCUCAGCACCUGCCCCUACGAUGCCUCGGCGUUCCAGUCACGCCUCAACACCAUUCAGUCUGCCGUCGACCAGCUGAACCUUGAGCAAUACGUCAACCUCGACUUCUGGGUCCGGGAGCUGAACCAGAAAAUUCAGGCCAUCCUACUCGAGCGCCUGCACGGCGCGGUCCAGACUUGGAUUGCUGCCUUUGAAGACGACAUGCUGGAUGACGGGCGGCGCAAGAAGCCUGCUGAGGAGGAGAGCAAGCCUGACGGGCCGACGAUGAAGCGGCUGGUUCUUGAGCUGGCCAUGCGAAACCAGGUCAUCUACCUGGACCCUCCCCUGGAGUACGCAAGAGCGAGUUGGUUUCUGCACCUUCACGACUGGCUUGGCAUUGUCUGCAAUCUGCGCAAAAUCAAGGCUGCGAGAUAUCAGAUGAGCCUCAGCACGUCCGCCAACGACGAGCCGCGCUUCACUGAUCUGCCCACCGACUGUGCGAGCAUGCUUCGUCGGGUGUACGUGUCCGUGGAGAAGAAGCUGCAGGAAGUUAGCGCGUACGUCGACAAAUGGCUUCAGUUCCAGUCUCUCUGGGAUCUGCAGUCGGAGCAGGUAUACGACAUGCUUGGUGACCAUCUCCCGCGGUGGCUCGAGUGUCUGCAGGACAUUCGCAAGGUCCGCACCACAUUUGACACCCAAGAGGUCAGCCGCUCGUUUGGACACAUCACCGUCGAUUACGACCAGGUCCAGACCAAAGUCAAUGCCAAGUACGACCAGUGGCAGCAUGAGAUCUUGAUCAAGUUCGCCAGCCGACUGGGGAACCGCAUGCGAGAUGUUCAUGCCGAGAUCGAAAAGGCACGCAAGCACCUCGAGGGCCAGAGCUCUGACACGUCGUCGACGGCGCAGGCCGUCCAGUUCAUCACGGCUGUGCAGAGCUGCAAGCGCAACGUCAAGCUCUGGGCGCCAGAGAUUGACAUGUUUCGCCAGGGGCAGUCGACGCUCGUGCGGCAGCGCUAUCACUUCCCAAGCGAUUGGCUCCACAUCGAACAAAUUGACAGCCAGUGGGAGGCUCUCAAGGAAAUUCUCGAGAAGAAGUCGAGAAUCAUGGAAGAGCAGUCGGACGCUAUGCGAGCCAACAUAACCGCCCAGGACAAGCUGGUCAAUGAGCGAAUUGCAGUGACCAUUUCUCAAUGGAACGAAGAGAAGCCAGUGUCUGGAACCAUUCAACCCGAUGCUGCCUCGGCUACCUUGAACUCCUUUGAGACCCGCAUCGCCAGCCUUCAGGAUGAUUUUUUGCAGGUCGUCAAGGCCAAGGAGGCCCUGGACAUUCCCGCCUCCCAGGACAGCUCCUUGGAAGCGACGCUUGAAGAGGUCCGGGACUUUCAAUCCGUCUGGUCCAAUCUCUCGACCAUCUGGGCGAGCUUGAACGAGACGCGUGACGUAUUGUGGACCGCCGUUCAGCCGCGCAAGGUUCGAUCCAAGGUGGACGACCUCAUCAAGAGCACCAAGGAGAUGCCCAGCCGGAUGAGACAGUAUGCCGCCUUUGAGCACGUCCAGGGCAUUCUCCGUGGGUUCCUCAAGGUCAACCCCAUUCUGUCAGAUCUCAAGUCAGAUGCCAUCCGCGAGCGGCACUGGCACAAGAUUUACAAGCAAAUAAAGCCCCAGAAGCGCUUCUCCCCCAGCUCCAUGACGCUUGGCGAUGUAUGGGACCUCAACCUGGUUGCGACCGAGGCCAUUGUCAAGGAUAUCAUUGCUCAGGCACAAGGCGAAAUGGCCCUCGAGGAAUUCAUCAAGCAGGUCCGCGAGACGUGGCAGAACUAUGCUCUGGAAAUGGUCAACUAUCAGAACAAAUGUCGCCUCAUCCGCGGCUGGGACGAUCUGUUUGCCAAAUGCAGCGAAAACCUGAACUCGCUGCAAGCCAUGAAGCACUCUCCGUACUACAAGGAGUUUGAGGAAGAAGCCGUGGCAUGGGAGGACAAGCUGAACCGCGUCCACGUCCUGUUUGACGUAUGGAUCGACGUUCAGCGCCAGUGGGUCUAUCUUGAGGGCGUCUUCACCGGCAACGCGGACAUCAAGCACCUACUUCCCAUCGAGUCCGGCCGGUUCCAGAACAUCAACAGCGAGUUCUUGGCCGUCAUGAAAAAGGCCAACAAGACGCCAUACGUCCUGGACGUACUCAACAUUCCCAACGCGCAAAAGUCGCUUGAGCGCUUGGCAGAAAUGCUCAACAAGAUCCAGAAGGCCUUGGGCGAGUACUUGGAAAAGGAGAGGGUCUCUUUCCCCCGCUUCUAUUUUGUUGGCGACGAGGAUCUCCUGGAGAUGAUUGGCAACAGCAACGACACUCUGCGCAUUGCCAAGCACUUCAAAAAGAUGUUUGCUGGUCUGUGCGGCCUCGUGAUGGACGACGAGUCCGUCAUCUCCGGCUUCACCUCCAAGGAGGGCGAGGUUGUGACUCUGAAGAAGGAAAUUUCCCUUGCCAAGACGCCGAGAAUCAACGACUGGCUUGCGCUUCUUGAGGGAGGGAUGAAGGCCACGCUCGCGGAAUUGCUGGCCGAGGCUGUGGAUCGGUACACGCCCCUGUUCGAGUCUCAAGCGGUCGACGGCGACGCACUGAAGCAGUUCAUGGAGGAGUUUCCCAGCCAGAUUGUCGUCUUGGCCACCCAGGCAGUAUGGACGACGGCUGUGGACAAGUCGCUGGCCGCAGGUGGCCAGUCGUUGCAGACUUUGUUCGAGCGGGAGGUCGAGGUGCUGCGCGUCCUUGCAGACACCGUGUUGGGUGAUUUGGAAGUCAUUCUGCGGAAAAAGUGCGAGCAGAUGAUCACGGAAUGCGUACAUCAGCGCGAUGCCAUCGGGAAGCUCAUCGGCGCCGGCGCUGACUCUCCCAGUCACUACCUCUGGCUACUCCAAAUGCGAUACAUCUACUUGCCCGAGGGAAACUUCCUCGACCGCCUGCAAGUCCGAAUGGCCAAUGCCAAGCUCAACUACGGCUUCGAGUACCUGGGCGUUCCGGAACGUCUCGUCCGAACCCCUCUCACCGACCGGUGCUUCCUCACCCUCACGCAGGCCCUCUGCCAGCGCCUUGGAGGUUCACCCUAUGGACCGGCCGGAACCGGCAAAACGGAAUCGGUCAAGGCCCUGGGCGUUCAACUUGGCAGGUUCACUCUCGUCUUUUGCUGCGACGACACCUUCGACUUCCAGGCCAUGGGCCGCAUUUUCCUCGGAAUUUGCCAGGUCGGUGCUUGGGGCUGUUUCGACGAGUUUAAUCGUCUCGAGGAAAGGAUCUUGUCGGCCGUCUCGCAGCAGAUUCAAAACAUUCAGCUUGGCCUCAAGCAGGGCGCAGAGGAGAGCACGUCCCAGAUUGAGCUGGUUGGCCGCCAGCUGAGCGUGAACGAGAACACCGGCAUCUUCAUCACCAUGAAUCCGGGCUAUGCCGGCCGCUCCAACCUGCCCGAUAACCUGAAGAAGCUCUUCCGAAGCGUGGCCAUGUCGAAGCCUGACAAAGAGCUCAUUGCCGAAGUCAUGCUCUACUCGCAGGGGUUCAACCAAGCAAAAGAGCUCUCCAAGCAAACGGUCCCCUUCUUUGACCAGUGCUCCAGCGAGCUCUCCAAGCAGGCACACUACGACUUCGGUCUCCGGGCCUUAAAAAGCGUCUUGGUCAGCUCGGGGGGUCUCAAGCGUGCUCGCCUUACCGAUGGGAACCUAGGUGGCGCCGAAGAGGUCGUUGAACCUGAAAUCAUUGUGCAGAGCAUCCGGGAGACUAUCGCUCCCAAGCUGAUCAAGUCGGAUGUCGAGAUCAUGACGACCAUUGAGGGGCAGUGCUUCCCCGGCGUUCGAUACGUGCCGGCAAACCUUCAAGCACUGGAGGAGGCCAUCCGCGGCCUCGCCGCCGAGCGCCACCUAGUUGUCACCGACACCUGGAUGACCAAGGUCCUGCAGCUGUACCAGAUCCAGAAUAUUCACCACGGUGUGAUGAUGGUGGGAAACUCGGGCAGCGGCAAGUCUGCCGCCUGGAGACUUUUGCUCGACGCGCUGCAAAAGGUCGAGGCCAUCGAGGGCGUAUCCCAUGUGAUUGACUCCAAAGUCAUGUCCAAGGAGGCCUUCAUUCUUCGGAAGAUUGUCGACAACCUCCGCGGCGAAGACUCGAAGAGGCAUUGGAUCGUCUUCGAUGGCGACGUUGAUCCCGAAUGGGUGGAGAACUUGAACAGCGUGCUUGAUGACAAUAAGCUGCUGACGCUUCCCAACGGCGAGCGUCUCAACCUGCCAGCCAAUGUCCGGAUCAUGUUUGAGGUCGAGACGCUAAACGAGGACACCGUCACGCCGAGCAUGAUGGUCGCCAACUACCUCGAGACCCUGAGCAAGGUUCCCUUUGAGGACUUGGACGAAGACAGCGUUGCGACGGGACAAACUCCAGCCAAGAUCCUGGCCGUCCAGGACCAAGUUGCCGAGCUGCUGAAAGUGUACUUGACUUCGGAUGACUUCAUCUUCCAGGCCUUGGAACGUGCCCAACGCUACAACCACAUCAUGGAGUUUACCAUCGCCCGUGUCCUGACGACGCUCUUUUCGCUGCUGAACAAGGCCGUUCGAGACGUCAUCGAGUACAACGGCCAGCACUCUGACUUCCCCUUGGAUCCCGACCAAGUUGAGGCCUUUGUGCCCAAGAAGCUUUUGCUCGCUCUGGUCUGGGCACUCACCGGAGAUUGUCCUCUGACGGAUCGCAAGGCUUUUGGGGAUGACAUAUGCGCCCUUGCCAGCUUCGGAUCCCCCCCCUUGGAUGGCGUCAGCUCGCUGAUUGACUUUGACGUGAGCCUGCCCAAGGCCGAAUGGACUCCUUGGCAAAACCAGGUGCCGAGCAUCGAGGUCAACACCCACUCCAUCAUCCAGACGGACGUGGUCAUUCCCACACUAGACACUGUUCGUCACGAAGAUGUGCUGUACUCGUGGCUGGCCGAGCACAAGCCACUCCUACUUUGCGGUCCGCCAGGUUCGGGUAAAACAAUGACACUGUUUAGCGCUCUCCGUAAGCUCCCGAACAUGGAGGUCGUGGGCCUCAACUUUUCCAGCGCGACCACGCCAGACCUCCUGAUCAAGACGUUUGAGCAGUACUGUGAGUACAAAAAGACGCUCAACGGUGUCAUGCUGUCGCCCACGCAGAUUGGCCGCUGGCUCGUCGUCUUUUGUGAUGAAAUCAACCUGCCGGCUCCUGAUCACUAUGGAACACAGCGGGCCAUUUCCUUUUUGCGGCAGCUCGUCGAGCACAAUGGAUUCUGGCGCACAUCUGACAAGUCGUGGGUUACUCUGGACCGCAUCCAGUUCGUCGGGGCUUGCAACCCGCCCACGGAUUCCGGACGCACGCCCUUGGGCGCGAGAUUUCUCCGCCACGCGCCUCUCGUCAUGGUUGACUAUCCCGGAGAGCUGUCCCUCAAGCAGAUAUAUGGCACGUUUAAUUCGGCGGUUCUCAAGAUCAUUCCAUCCCUCCGUGGCUACGCCGAGCCGCUCACAAACGCAAUGGUUCAGUUCUAUCUCGAGUCGCAGCAAAGGUUUACCCCCAAGAUUCAGCCUCACUACGUCUACAGUCCUCGCGAGCUUACCCGCUGGGUCCGGGGCCUGUAUGAAGCGAUCAAGCCACUCGAGGCUCUGUCCGUCGAGGGCCUGAUCCGCAUUUGGGCCCACGAGGCCCUACGACUUUUCCAGGAUCGUCUGGUUGCCGAGGAGGAGCGGACAUGGACCGACGAGGCAGUGCGGCGAAUCGCCUUGGAGUUCUUCCCCACCAUUGACGAGGAGAAGGCUCUGGGAGGCCCCAUCCUUUUCUCGAACUGGCUGUCCAAGAAUUACGUCCCUGUCGACCGUGAGCAGUUGAGAGAAUUCGUCAAGGCCAGACUCAAAACGUUCUGUGAAGAGGAGGUGGACGUGCCUCUGAUUCUCUUUAACGAUGUCCUGGAGCACGUGCUCCGCAUUGACCGUGUCUUCAGACAGCCCCAGGGCCAUCUGAUCCUGAUUGGUGUCAGUGGCAGCGGCAAGACGACGCUUUCUCGAUUCGUUGCUUGGAUGAACGGCCUCAAGGUGUUCCAGAUCAAGGUCCACGGCAAGUACUCGGGCGAAGACUUUGACGAGGACCUGCGCGACGUUCUCCGUCGCUGCGGCUGCAAGGGAGAGAAGAUUUGCUUCAUCAUGGACGAGGCCAACGUCCUCGACUCUGGCUUCCUGGAGCGCAUGAACACGCUGCUCGCCAACGCCGAGGUGCCCGGCCUUUUUGAGGGCGACGACUAUGCUGCCCUGAUGACUGCCUGCAAAGAGGGCGCGCAACGGCAAAACCUGCAUCUUGACUCCCCGGAGGAGCUGUACAAGUGGUUCACACAACAGAUUGUCAAUAACCUCCACGUUGUAUUCACCAUGAACCCACCGGAGGGCGGGUUGUCUUCCAAGGCCGCCACUAGCCCGGCCUUGUUCAACCGAUGCGUGCUGAAUUGGUUCGGCGACUGGUCGGACCAGGCCUUGUUCCAAGUCGGACACGAACUCACCUACUCCGUCGACCUGGACCGAAGCAGCUUUGCGGCACCCGACACGAUCCCUGUCGCCUAUCGCGGCCUCAACCUGCCGCCGACGCACCGCGAGGCCGUCAUCAACUCGAUGGUGUACAUCCACUACUCGCUCCAGCGUUACAACGAGAAGCUGUACAGGCAGCAGAAAAAAGUGACUUUCCUGACGCCCCGCCACUUCUUGGACUUUGUGGGGCAGUACGUCAAGCUGUACAAUGAGAAGCGCGAAGAUCUCGAGGAGCAACAGCGACACUUGAACGUUGGUCUCGAGAAACUGAGGGACACAGUGGACAAGGUCCGCGACCUUCGAGCCAGCCUUGCAGAGAAGAAGACGCAGCUCGAGCAAAAAGACAACGAGGCGAACGAGAAGCUCAAGCGUAUGGUGGCCGACCAGAGAGAGGCGGAGCAGAGAAAGAACACGUCCUUGGAGAUUCAGGCGGCGCUGGAGAAGCAGGAAGCCGAGGUGGCGAUGCGGAGGAAUGUGGUGCUGGAGGACCUCGACAAGGCGGAGCCGGCCGUCGAAGAGGCCAAGGCCAGCGUCAGCAACAUCAAACGACAGCACCUGACCGAAGUUCGGUCCAUGGGCAACCCGCCGCAGGGCGUGAGGCUGGCGCUCGACGCGGUCUGCACCUUGCUCGGCCACAGGAUAAACGACUGGAAAGCGGUCCAGGCCGUCGUCCGCAGGGAUGACUUUAUUGCCAGCAUCAUCAUGUUCGACAAUGCCAAGCAAAUGACGCGGGCACUGAGGAUCAAGAUGCGCAACGAGUUCCUGUCAAACCCCGAGUUCACGUUUGAAAAGGUCAACAGGGCCUCCAAGGCCUGCGGGCCCCUCGUGCAAUGGGUGGCUGCCCAGGUCAACUACUCGGACAUACUCGACCGCGUUGGCCCGCUCAAAGAGGAAGUGACGCAGCUCGAGGAGCAGGCGCUCCAGACCAAGGCCGAGGCUAAGGCCGUGGAGAACAACAUUGCAGAGCUCGAGUCCAGCAUCGACACGUACAAGACCGAAUACGCCGCACUCGUCAGCGAGACGCAGGCGAUCAAGGCCGAGAUGUCCAAGGUCCAGUUCAAGGUCGACCGCAGCGUACGCCUGCUCGACAGCCUGUCGUCGGAAAGAACGCGCUGGGAGGAGGGAAGCAAGUCGUUUGAGACGCAGAUUAGUACGCUCGUGGGUGAUGUUCUUGUUGCCGCUGCUUUUUUGGCGUACAGCGGUCUCUACGAUCAGACCUUUCGAAAGUCCAUGAUGGACGACUGGUGCCAUCAGCUCCACCUCUCCGGCAUCCAGUACAAGUCCCCGAACCCGGUUACCGAGUAUCUGUCGAGCGCGGACGAACGGCUCAGCUGGCAAGAAAACACGCUGCCAGUGGACGACCUGUGCACCGAAAACGCCAUCGUUCUCAAGCGCUUCAACCGCUACCCGCUCAUCAUCGACCCGUCCGGGCGAGUGACGGAGUUCUUGCAGAAGGAGUGCAAAGACCGCCGACUCACGGUCACAAGCUUCUUGGAUGACAACUUUACCAAGCAACUCGAGAGCUCGUUGCGGUUCGGCAACCCGAUUCUCAUCCAAGACGCUGAGCACCUGGAUCCAAUCCUCAACCACGUCUUGAACAAGGAGUAUCAGCGAACCGGCGGCCGCGUCCUGAUCCAACUGGGCAAGCAGGAAAUUGACUUUUCACCGUCGUUCAAGCUCUACCUGUCCACGCGGGACCCGUCUGCGCAGUUUGCGCCGGACAUUUGCAGCCGAACGACAUUUGUCAACUUUACAGUCACCAAGAGCAGUCUUCAGACGCAGUCGCUCAACGACGUGCUCAAGUCGGAGCGUCCCGACGUCGACGAACGCCGGACCAACCUCAUCAAGCUCCAGGGCGAGUUCAAGGUUCACCUGCGUCAGCUGGAGAAGCAGCUCCUGCUGGCUCUCAACGAGUCCCGAGGCAACAUUCUCGACGACGACAACGUGAUUGAGACGCUCGAGACGCUCAAGACAGAGGCGGCCGAGAUCUCGGCGAAGAUGAGCAACACGGAGGGCGUCAUGGCCGAGGUGGAGGAAAUCACCCGGCAGUACGGCGUCAUUGCCAACUCGUGCAGCGCCGUCUUUGCCGUGCUGGAUCAGUUGCACUUCCUCAACCACUUCUAUCAGUUCUCGCUGCAGUACUUUCUCGAUAUCUUUCAAUCGGUGCUGCACGGGAACAAGAACCUGGCCAGCGAGACCAAUCACAACGUGCGCCGGGACAUAAUCGUCAAGGACCUCUUUGCCAACACGUUUAAGCGGACGGCCCUCGGUUUGCUGCAAAAGGACCGAAUCACGCUGGCAAUGCUCCUCGCGCAGGCGUCGCCGUACAAGAUGGACAAGUCCCUGAUUGACGUCGUGCUCGAUACCCGAGUCGAGGGCAGGGACUUGUCGUCGGAUCCCGACGCCAAGGACGAGGCCUUUGCCCAGGCCAGGAAGAUUGGCAUACUCAAGGAGAAGCUUGACGACGUGCCGGCGAGCGAGUGGGACAAGUUCCUGACGGAAGAGCUGGCCGAGGCCAGCGUCCCCAGGGUCUGGGACGAUAGCACCGGGCUAAUUGACGAGGCGCUCGUGUCUCUACUCCUGGUCAAGUUGUUCCGCAUCGACCGGUUCGUGCCCGCGGCGGAGCGAUUCGUCAGUCGAGUGUUUGGCGGGGAGAUGUUUGAAUACGUCGAGGACCUAAAGGAGACGGUCAGCCAGGUCUCGGCGACGCUGCCCAUCGCGCUCGUAUCCAGCCCGGGCUUUGACGCCAGCUACAAGGUCGACAGCCUGGUAGAGAGAAUGGGUGUCAGAUGCACAAACAUUGCCAUGGGGUCCAAUGAGGGCCUGGCGAGCGCCGACAAGGCCAUCAGCAACGCGGCGCAGACGGGCUCGUGGGUCCUGGUCAAGAACGUCCACCUGGCGCCGACCUGGCUCCAGAGCCUGGAGAAGCGCAUGGAGGCACUCAGCCCGCAAGCAGAUUUCCGCCUGUUCCUGUCCAUGGAGUCGAGCCCCAAGAUCCCGGUCAACCUGAUCCGGGCAUCCCGCGUCCUCAUUUACGAGCAGCCAGCGGGCGUGAGGGCCAACAUGAAGGACUCGAUGUCGUCGCUGUCGACGCGGGCGGCGAAGAGUCCUGUGGAGAGGGCGAGGCUGUACCUGCUCAUCUCGUUCCUGCAUGCUGUGGCCCAGGAGCGGCUGCGGUACGCGCCCAGGCUGGGGUGGAAGGGCUUCUGGGAGUUCAAUGACAGCGACUACGAAUGCUCGGCGUUUAUUGUCGACACGUGGCUGGAAAGCGUGGCGGGUAACCGAACCAACAUUGCGCCGCAGAACAUUCCGUGGGACAUGAUACGCUACCUGGUGACGGAGACGUACGGCGGCAAGAUUGACGACGAGGGCGACUUCAGGCUCCUCGGGCAGCUGGUGACGUCGCUGCUGACGCCGGCGGCCUACGAAGUGGACCACAAGCUCGUCGACGGGCCGGAGGGCGGACUGCUGGUCCCGUCGGGAACCAGCCUGCAAGAGUUUACGGCGUGGAUCCACCAGCUGCCGGAGCGGGAGCCGCCGACGUACCUGGGGCUGCCGGCCAACGCGGAGAAGCUGUUGCUGGUUGGGCUGGGGCGUAGCCUGAUUGAGGACCUGGGCAGGGUGACGGAGCUGCUCGACCAAGGAGAGCAGCUGGUGACGGAGUCGUGA